AUGCUGCCGCCAAAGCCGUUUUUGAAGAAACGCAGUGGCAUUUCGGGACGACUGAUGGAAAGAAUACAUUAUCCAAUAAGUGUAAGCGCCGUAGAGAAGCAGUCAGCUUCGUCAAAUGAUUCAAGCGACACUCAGAGUCCCACUAGUGACAGUGAAGCUCAGGAUCUAAAUCGGCCAUAUACGGCUGGCACUGCUGACAGCGGUUGUCCGGAAGAUGCUUGUUCGGUGGUGCUUAGUCCAAACAGUAACAAAAAAGAUGAUGGCGUUGAAUCAGUGGUCAUAGAUGUUACUGAUUGCAGUGACAGCAAUUCAGCAGUUUCAUCCGAAGUUCGAAGCAAUCGCGGUGCACCGUCAGUAAUUCGUGAUUUAAGUAGUUUUUCAACAAAUGAAACUAACAUCGUUUCUGCAGUAUCGGGAAAUUUUGAUGAUGACGACCAUACUGUACAGAAAGCGUUUACCAACACAUCAGUAGAAAGCUCGAUUGCGGGAAAUCUCGAAACUCAAAUACAGGACAUGGUUUCGCCAGGGACAUCUGAGGACUCUCAGGAUACUGAUGGUACAAGAUCGCGCCACUGGCGACAAGUUAUUCGGGAGUUUGCAUCAGAAGUCAAGCAAAAAGAGCUUCUUCCUCUUGAAUCGGUCUCUGCAAAGGGAGGAUCUUUAGGAGCUGCAAGUUCAAAUGAAUCGGAACGGCUUUCAAAGGAAAUUCCACAUUUCAUGAAUUGGCAUAGGAGAUCCCAAAAAGAAACACACCGAAAGUCACAUAUUGCACAAGAAACAUUACCGUCCACUGUUAAUGAGAAAACAGGGAGUGAUAUUUAUGCUCAUGUGAAGAAAGUUGGAAAGAAUGCGGAGAAAGUGAAUACUGUUUUAUUAGAAAAAUCUUUGGAAAACUUGACUGCAGAACAUAUUUCAGGAGGAAAGAAAAUACAGCAAAAGGUCGAAAUUAACAUGACGGAACGGAAUCUUGCAAAACAGUUGAGGGAUCUCAUUGCUCAUGUAGAUCUUGCAAGAGAGUAUCGCCAUCAUCAAUAUGAAAGACUGGAAGAAGUUUUCGACCAAGCAUUACAAGAGAAAGAAUAUUUUCGUCAACAAGUAAAGGAACUGAAAAGGUGUAUUUUGCAACUGGAAGAGGAUAAGCAAGCACAACAAGAAAAUCUUGCUGUAAAAGAAGAGGCAGAGAAAAUACGCAAUGCUGAUUUUGAACGUUUAAAACGGGAAAAUGCUAUUCUGAAUCGACAGCAAAAGCAGAAGGAUGGUAGUGAUACUGUUUUGGUAAAUCUGCUUAAAGAACAGAUAAGCGAUCUUCGUGUAAUGGUGCGGGAUUUUGAUCGGCAACGCAGUGAGUUGAGAGCGCAAAUCAGAAAAAGCAAUACAGUUUUAAAAGAAAAAAAUGAUACCAUUGAGCAACUGAAGGGCGAAAAAACACGCUUGGAAAAACGAAUCGCAAUCAUCACGAAAAAUAAAGCAGCUCUUCGAGGCCGCAUAGCUAAAAAUAUUCUUUCUGCUCAGGCGAUUGCUCGAGCUUCAAAGAAUGCAACUGUUACGACAUCUACAAAAGAUUUGACUCCUCAGAAUAAUGAAUUUUUUAUAACGAAUACAACAGAUAAUGGAAGACAUAUCACUCAGAAUGCUCCAAGUAGGAUGCAAAAUACUGUAAAUAUUGUUGAAAAUACGGACACACUAAGCGAUAAUGAAGAUGUCAUAAUUACUGAACAAGGAGUAACACCAGCACGUCUGGGAAAAAAUGUUCGGUGGAACGAACCUCUUGCAACAAUGGCUUCAUUUUCUCCACCACCUUCUGCUCAUUUUCCUCUGAAUCAUGCAAAUUCUGACAUGCAAUUAAUUCUAACUGAAAAUAAUAUGGUUGGAAGAGCAUCAUUGUAUCGCAGUGAGAAAGAUUUUACCGUCUACACUGUAACACAUUGUGGUUGUCAUUUUUAUGAAUACAGCAACACAGAUACUCGUUGGAUACAUUCAAGCAAACUUUAUCAGGUAAAUUAUUAUGGACAAGCAGGUGCAACUACUGUUGAGAUAUGUGAGGGAAAGUUGCUUGUUCGGCAUUUUUUAACUGGUCAGCUGGAAAUUUAUCGUGGAAGCGGUGAAAUUACUUUAAUGACAUCUGAUGGACGUCGCAUAGAGAUUAUAAGGGAUAAGUCAGGAUCUGUGCGUGUCGAAAUUUAUGAACUGGAUGGCAGAGUUCGUGUUAAAGGCCGUGACGAAGCAGAAACGGUGCACCGGGCAACGCAAACUUCAUGCCAUCGCAUGGAUGGAUCCUAUGCUAGUCAUAUUUCUAGCGAUGAUUCAGUGGAGUGGCGUUCGCCGGAUUAUACGGUGCAUCGGUUUAAAAAUGGUGAUACGAAGGUGCGUCUAAAUUUAAUCGACACGAGUAUCACGAUGCUCGUCAUGGAUGUUGGCACAGUAAAGCAUUUAUCAAAUCCACUGGAUAGACGACUUCCAAAAUAUUGUGUUGAAUGGGGCACUGUUGCUAGAAAAAGAUCCAGAGUUAUUGCUGGCAACCAGUCUCGUGUACUCAACCAGUUGUAA